AUGGAACUUAUUUGUACUGAAAAUCUCGAGAAUACCUGCAGAGCUACGCGAGACAAAGCUAUAUUUCAUGAUAUUCGUGUACUAAACAAUUUGUUAAACGAGGAAGUGUUCUCAAUUCCAAAGUGUAAUUAUUUUGAAAAGGUACAAAAUGACGUUCAACCCUUCAUGCGAAAAGUGGUAACUACUUGGAUGUUGGAGGUUUGUGAAGAGCAGAUGUGUGAAGACCAGGUCUUGCCUUUGGCUAUCAACAUCAUGGACAGAUUUCUGUGUAUUUGUGAGAUCAAGAGACAACAAUUGCAACUACUUGGUGCCACCUGCCUUCUGAUUGCUUCCAAGGUUAGAAGUACAAAUCUGCUCCCCAUUGAUCUUCUCUGUGCCUAUACUGAUUACAGUGUCUCUUACGAAAACAUAGCAAGUUGGGAACUGCUUGUAUUGUCCAAACUGCAGUGGAACGCAUCUGCAAUCACCGGCUUUGACUACAUCGAUCAAGUCCUGGAAAGGUGCUCAUGGGGACACGCAAGCCAACUUUUACGACGACACGCCCUUACAUUGAUCCCGAUUUGUUAUACCGAGCCUGAUUUGAUCCAGACUCCACCAUCCGUCAUCGCAGCAUCCUGCAUCAGCUCCGCAGUAAGAGGUCUUAAGCUCAUGUUUUCAGAAAUAGCCAUCAGAGACGUGUGCAGCUUGCUAAACGUCAAUCCCCAGGCCGUCGAAGUGGUAGUAGCAGUAAUUGACAGCGCAGUUGCAAAAGUACUACCUAAAUCCACAACGCCAGAACCAAACACAGUCCAGGGAUACGAAAGCCCGCAGUAUGGACAACCGGAAACGCCCACAGAAGUGGAGAACAUUGAAUUUUAG